GCAAGAGCAGCCUCUCUGUCCAGGGUCUGUGAGCGCAAAGAGACAGAAGGGAAAGCACCCUAAUCUGCUGGAAGUUCACUGGCUGAACCAGGUUUCAAGAGCAGCAAGCACCUGUGUUUGGGGAAAGCCUUGAGUAUGACCAGGAAGAUCUUCACCAACACCAGGGAGCGGUGGAGACAGCAAAACGUCAACAGUGCCUUUGCCAAGCUGAGGAAGCUCAUCCCCACACACCCUCCGGACAAAAAACUGAGUAAGAACGAGACGCUCCGCUUGGCCAUGAGGUACAUCAACUUCCUCGUCACGGUCCUGGGGGAGCAGGGCCUGCCGCAGACAGGAGUGGCCACCCGGGGGAGUAUACUGGGGCUGUUCCAACAAGCCCCCCAUUUGCAGAGUAUGGAGGAACUGACUCUGAUUGAAGACUGUGGAGUCCCUUCUCCGGGCACAAGCAGCAAUAUCCCGGAGUGCUGGUCAGAGUCAUCGUCUCCCUAGCAGGCAAUGAGUGAUGCAGUCCUGGUAUUAGUUUGAUAGUCUCCUUUGCAUAACGUGGAUUGUUUGCCUCUGUACAGUAUUUAUCUAUUUAUAUCUAUUACUGUUGUAUUAAAUAUAUUUUUAUUUAAAAGGAAAGGAGGUGGAAGGAAUCAUUGGAAGGCGGACAAUGGCAUGGAUGAAUAGGGAAUGGUGUUCGACCCUUGGGAAUUUGCAAGGAUUCAAUGUAGUGAUUUCACAGAUUCAUGGAAAAAUCAAAGCCGAGAGGGGACCAUUAUGAUCUGAGCCUCUGUAUAACAGAGGCCAUAGAAUUUCAUCCAGUUAUUGCUGCAAUGGAAGAGAUUAUUCUUCCUUGCUACAUAAGGAGACGCUAUCAAGUCCAGUUGCUUGUGGGUCAGCUGGCGUGUUUCACUUAAAAAAUAUCCAGCCUUGACUGAAAGGUCCAAGUGAUGGAGCAUUUACCACAUCCCUUGGUCGGCUCUUCCAAGUUAAGAGUUUACAUCUUAUUUCUGAAUUGAAUUUUUCUAACAUGUAGCUUCCAACUGCUGGAUCUUGUUUUGCCUUUGUCUGUUAGACCGAAGGGCUCUCUAACAUCAGAAUGAAGCACAAAUGAGUAUAUAAAUAACAGCCACCAAGAAAUUAAAACAGAAAUGCCAGCCUAUGUUGAAAGAAGAAAUGUUAUGGGCGAAGUUUCAGCAGAUGCAAUGGAUAGAGUCCAUCAGCAAAUCUAUACCCAGCUGUGGGAGCACCGGGGGGAAACUGGCCAUCCUCAUUCUGGCUCCAUACAAAACCCACAGAGAGGCUGCUCCUCCAGCCUUCCAUGGCAGGACUUAACGGGCCAGGAGGUAGCCUUAUGUACUUGACAAAGCCCUAGCCCAGCAAAUGCCCCUGUAUGCAAACGUCUAGGCAAAUUCCACACCACCUGCAGACCAUGCCAAACAAGAGUAGGAAGGGGGGACUCCGUGAAGCUGUUGCUGACCAGAAUACAGGCCCGCAUGAGCCCAGCUUUUCCAGCAAACAUGUGUGCCCAUUUGGCACCCUUCCUGAAUUAGGUUUCCUAUGAUCGUCACUCCAGCAUAUGAGACCAGUGCAUAUCUCUAUCAGAAUGGGCGAGGUCGUGUUUGUACAUGUACCCUGUGUGUAUGUACCAUGGGCUUCCCUUGAAACGUGCUGAUUUUGCCUUUGAUAAUUAGAUGAGUUCUCCUCACUGUGAGUUUGAGCCAAAGCCCAAUGAACUCAAGGGAAAAAAUGCAGUAGGAAAUACUUGCAUUGAACUCAGCAGGCUUCGGAUCAUGCCCCAUUAGCAGUAGCCCCAGUACAAAUUAAGGUAGGGCGUGGUUCUCAAACUAUGGGGUGGGCCUCCCAAGGGAGGCAUGGGAAUGUGUCAAGGAAUGUGCACACUCAGUGUAUGGGGGGGGGUUGGUUUUUUUAAGCACUCUGGACUGUGGCUGUCAGUCCCGCAUGGCUAGGGCUCGUGCAGAAGGGCUGUGCACACCCGGGAAGCAGGGAUAAAGGGGAUAGCCAGAGCCCCAGGGUCAGGUUCUUCUUUCCACCUCCCUCAAUCCCUCACUGGAAGGCAGCCGGGGCUCAGGCUAUCCUUUCCCCCAAUCCCAAUCCCUCACCUGGCUGUGGUGGGGCUCUGACUGUCAGUCCCAGUGUGGCUGCAGCAACGCAGAAGUAAGGGUGGCAAUGGGGCACUAAGUCUGCUGUGAAAAGUGAUAUUGAUGAAUAUCACUUUUCACAUUGCCACCCUCAUUUCUGUGCUGCAACUGGCUUGCGCUGCCUUCAGAGCUGGGCACCUGGCCAGCAGCCGCUGCUCUCUGCUCUGCCUUCAGAGCUGGGUGUCCAGCCAGCAGCCGC